GCUCUUGAGACUUGAGUCAAACGUGCCAUGGUAGUUUUGUUUUGAGCCCCUUCCUUCUGCCGGACACCUUGAGGCGAGAGACCCCCUUUCUGCUCGUACCCCCACCCUCCUCUUCCUCACCAUUAUGGGGGAUUUUUUGAAGAGAUCGGAACACGCGAGUGAGGACUCAAGAGGUCGAAUGCAUCUUUAGGAAACUUGUUUGGUUCCGAUCCAAGCGGCUCUUGUUGCGUGGGCAAGCCGUCACAUCGCGCACGAUGCGGACAACUGUGGAAACGUUUCUUAAGUCGCCUUGAGGACGAUCAAGUGAGAAUUAAGGAGUUGAUGCUGCAGCAGCAAGGCGAUACGAACUGGAUCCGAACCUGCAGAUCCACACGUGUUUCACUCCAAGUGUAAACAGAAUUGCUUUAUUGAAGGAGAAGCCCGGCAGAUCUGCAUUAGUAUUUUCUCUCCGAAGUAGAUUUUGGAAUUUUGGGGGACUGCGACGAUCCGUUUCCCAUCACUUUUUGCAUUUCUGAUUCCCGAAGUGGCUCCGAAGUGGUGUUGCGGCUCCUCGUCCCCGGCGGAUCCGGAGAUCGGAGCCUCUGCACCGGGCGGAGGCGGAGCCGCGGCGACCUCCGAGGCUCCCAAGGGCGGCCGCGUCAAGAGGAUGGUGCGGCUGGCUGCAGAGCUCUUGCUGCUCCUGGGACUUCUCCUCCUUACCUUGCACAUCACCGUGCUCCGGAGCAGCCCGUUGCCGCCGGCAAACGUCAGCCUCAGCCUGGAUCAGAACGAGAACAUCAUCCACGCAAAAAGCAGCUCGUUGGGCCAACUGACUCCCGAAGGCUCCUGGCGGACCGGUGCAGAGCGUCGUCGCUUUACCCAUCGGUCCUCUGCCCUGCCGUGGGCGCAAGACGCUGGCAGUAAUAUCCAUAAAGAUGGCCCUGAAGCCUUCAUCCUGGAUCUGCAGAAUUUCCCUGACCUCUCCAAAGCUGAUAUCAAUGGGCAGAAUCCCAACAUACAGGUGACGAUUGAGGUUGUGGAUGGAUUGGAGGCACACGAGCCAGAAAAAGGCCACCGCAAAGAGAAUAAACCCAACUGGGCUUCUCCGAACUGGAGAAACUGGUGGCCUCGCACGUCCUCUGGCACUCAUCAAGAGCAGGAGCAGGAUCGCUCCUUCGGAAGCGACGGUGAGGACAGCAACUUCCUGAGGCCGCCGGUGGACUGGGACCGGAGAGGAGGCACAGGAGACAGAGGCAAACCCCAAACGGAAUAUGACUACAUGGAUGGAGAGGGGGACUGGAGUAACUGGUCACUGUGCAGUGUCACCUGUGGAAAUGGCAACCAGAAAAGAACCAGGUCUUGUGGUUACGCCUGUACGGCUACGGAGUCCAGAACUUGUGAUAUGCCAAACUGCCCCGGAAUUGAGGAUGCCUUCAAGACAGCAGCGACUGAAGUGAGCCUGCUUGCCGGAACAGAUGAUUUCAAUGCGACCGAGCUCUUUGGUGUUGACACAGACAGCUGUGAGCGAUGGAUGAAUUGCAAGAGUGACUUCUUGAAGAAAUACUUGACUAAGGUGGCCAACGACCUUCCCAGCUGCCCUUGUUCGUACCCGACCGAGGUGGCGUACAGCACUGCCAAUGUGCACGACGCUCCGUCACACAGAAAUUUCCGCUGGAAAGAUGCCAGCGGGCCAAAAGAGAAACUGGACAUCUACAAGCCCACGGCCCGCUACUGUAUCCGCUCCAUGCUGACACUGGAGUCCACCACACUGGCCGCACAGCACUGUUGCUACGACGACAGCAUGAAGCUCAUCACACGAGGCAAAGGUGCCGGAACACCCAAUCUUAUCAGUACAGAGUUUUCGGCUGACCUGCACUACAAAGUGGACAUUCUGCCCUGGAUCAUAUGCAAAGGAGACUGGAGUCGCUAUAACCAGGCCAGACCACCAAACAAUGGGCAAAAGUGUCGUGACAACCCUCAGGAAGAGGAUUACUACAAGCAGUUUGAAGAAGCAAGGGAAUUCUAGCCUUGAAUUUAGAUAGAACUCCAUUUUGGAUUGUCUCACACAUUGAGGCUCCGAGGAAAAGACUUACUGGUCCUUUGACGUAAGACGCCCUACAAUGCGUGACAAAAAUUUUAUUUAAACCUUCGAAUGAUGUGCCAUGUUAAGAUCUUUUUCAAAUAUACCUCUAUAAUAGUUGGGAUACUUUCAAUGUCCAUUCCAUUUUUCAGUAAAGGGAGUCUAUUCUUAAAGGGAAAAAUAAUAGUAGCUUAGAUAUUUUGAAGGUUUGUCCAAAGAUUGUGUACGUGUGGUAUCUGUGAUUGUACAAGGGAAUCUUUCAGGACUGCCUUGACUGAGUGCUCGGAUUCGGUAAAAUACUUUUACCAUUUUGUCACUGGUAAAUAUCCAGGUUCUCAUCUCAUGUAAGCUUGUGAAUAUGUUUAUGUAAGCAUGCACAUUGCAGCUAUAAUUUGUGACUGUGCCCGCUGUCUUUCUGAGGAAGACCUUCAUUGUAAAAAGGAUGCAUUGUCUCUGUAAAGUAUUUAUUUUAGAAGUCUAUUUCUGAAUUGGUCAUCUAUGACUAUCACCAGUUCACAAAUGGCUGAAUUUGAGACUCCUCUCGCUCUAAUCUUGCCCAAGGUUCUGUCUUGAAUUUUGAAAUAAACCAUAAUAGGGAGUCAAGAAAGUGAGUGGAUGCGAUACUAUGAUAAAAUAAUUGCCAGAUUAUAAAUCUAUAAAUAAAACUAUAAAAUGUU